AUAUAAGGUCAGCGAAAACCAAGACUAAUUUUUUUCCCGCCUACAAGCAAAGAAGCCAUCCGAGGAUACAAUCAUUCCAAUUGAUCUACAGACGAGAUACGUGCAAGCUCGCAGUCCUGGUCACCUUUCAUCCCGUGUUUCCAUCAAUAAAUGCGUUAGAAAUCAACAUAUCAUGCGCCUUUAUACUUUAGCCUCAUUGGGAAUUUUUGCUCAACUUCUAUUGGGCGUUCAAGGACUUUUAUCAGCCCGCAAGGAUCUCAAGGGGACCCGAAAGAUAUGCAAAUUUAUCAAGGGGUCAUUCAGGCCAAAACCUUCUGGCGAAAAUCCACAAGAAGAAUUGAAGAUGGACACUGUAAUUUAUAGGAGGACCGGUCCAAUCGAGGACACUGUUUUCAGACCAGAAAGCCGAGGAAAGCAACUCCGCUUGGAAGAACCCGAAGGACUCGGUGAGACUGGUGAGAAAAAUGAGGGGGGUUCUAAGCAAGCACAAUGCAUAAUUUGUCCCAAUGGCUUUUCGACUGAAGAUACAGUAGUCAAGUUAGCACCCUGCCACCAUUACUUUCAUGAAGGUUGCAUCAUGGAUCACCUGAGUAUGGACUGUAAAACAGUUAAAGUCGACAAGCCUUGUCCUUUUUGUAAAAAGCGCAUCGGAAGUAUUCUUUAUGUAAAAUCAAAAAGGGGACAGCUCGAAAUUGUUCACCCAUCACAGCAAGUCAAUUAAAAAAUGUUGAACAAACUCUUACAAUUACCAUUCAUAUGAUCACUUGGCAGUGCCAGCAAUCCAUUUUUCUUAUAGUAAAUCAUAUAAGUCUUAUUUUCCAGUUGUACACUAGAUCAUCAAUGACACACAAUUAGGAUGAAUCUGACAGA